AUGUACACUGGAUUUAUAAUAAAACAACACAAAUUGGUUGAUGGAAGAUGUCAACUCAUAGAAAAAUGUAUAUUAGCAAAAAAUAACAGAUGUUUUAAAUGUGCACUUGGAUAUACAUUAAAUAAAAGAACAUGUGAAAAAAUAACAAAUUGUAUUGUUUUUCAACAUGAUGGAAAAUGUAAAAUAUGUAACAAUGUAAAUUCCAAUGUGUUAAAUGUUAAUGGAUCAUGUAUUGUAACGGUAGAACCAAUUAUAAUAACAAAAGGUUCAAAUAUUAUUUCGUGCCAAUAUGGGUAUUAUGUCAAUUCAGAUUUAAACAGUUGUGAAAAAUGUAGUUUGAAAUAUGACAAUUCAGUUUAUUGUGAAAAUGGUAAACCAACAAAAUGUGAAUUCAACACUGAAAUGAUUUCAAGUGGGAAAUGUGAAAUAAUAAAUUAUAAUUUUAAUGAUGAAAAUGGUAAACAUACAAAUACAAUUUCUAAUUGCUUGUAUAUUAUUAAUGCGAAAUGUGUUGAAUGUGAUUCGAAUUAUAUUCUUUCACAAAACAAGUGUGAAACAAAUAAUAAUAAUAAAUGUAUUGAACAAAAUAGUUUUGGGUGCCAGAGAUGCAAUGAUUCGUUUUACUUCGACGAACAAACAAAUACUUGUGAACAAUGUGAUGACAAUUGCUUAACUUGUUACAAAAAAGGAACACAAUGUCUCAGUUGUCAUAAUGGAAAGUUUUUGACAAAUUAUGAAUGUCGAACAAACGAAGAGUUGAAAAAAAGAUGUUAUCAAUUUGCAUCAUUUAAAAGUGGAUGUGUUGUUUGUCAAGAUGGAUAUUAUCGGCUCGGUCUUGACUGUUUUAAGUGUAAUGAGAAGUGUUCAACGUGUAACAACAGAGACACUUGUUUGACUUGUAAUGCAACAAAUUACAAGACCAACAGUGGUGAAUGCAAACCACAAAGUUCCAUUGAUGGGUGUGAUGUUGAAGUGACACAAAACGGGUGUUCGAAGUGUCAGACUGGCUAUUUAACAAUCAACUCAAAUGAAUGUCAAAAGUGUGAUGACAGUUGUAAAACGUGUUCAUUGACAAGCAACAGAUGCACUUCGUGUGAGUCAUAUCGUGUUUUGUCUUCAAAUUCCAGUUGUGUUGGUCUUUCACAAAUAACAAAAUGCAAUGAAAUAACCGAUUCAAAAUGCUCCAAAUGUGCAUUUUGGUCUGUUCCAAGCAGUGAUGGGAUGUCAUGCGAAUCACAAGUUGUGUGGUGGGUCAUUUUGAUAGCCGUUCUUAUUGUGAUAUUGGUGGUGAUAUUAGUUGCUGUUAUUAUAAUUAUCAUCACAAAGAAAGUUCGAAUAUUCAUUUUACUUUACUUCAAAAUGGAAUUUGUGUUUCUUCUAAAAAAAAUAGAUUACAAUUCUGAUUGUGAAGAAAUUUCAGUUACAAAUGAAAGUCGUCAGUUGUUUUGUGUUGGCAACACAAACAAAAAUUUGGUCAAAAUUCAAUUUACCGUUUUAUCUAAUUCAGAUAAAUUUGAUAUCAGAGUUGAUCCCGAGAUUGUGAUUCUUAAAAGUGGGUAUGCUUGUGAAUUUUCAAUUUAUUUAACACCACAUUGCACUUGUAAAAUUGAUAAUUCACUCCAAAUAAUUUCUAAAUGUCUCAAAACAAAUGAAGAAAAAUUCAAUGAAAUACAUGUUAUUGGUACUACAGAACAAUCCACUCGAAUUGAUUACGAUGAAUUGACAGAAGACAAGAAACUUGGGCAAGGUUCGUUUGGAAUUGUGUAUAAAGGCACUUUUAGAGGAAAUGACGUUGCUAUCAAAAAGAUGAAAACAGUCAUAAAAGACAACGCGUUUAUGGAUGAAUUUAAUAACGAGGUAUCUAUGUUAGACAAGUUUAGGAGUGAAUAUAUUGUGCACUUUUAUGGUGCCGUGUUUAUACCAAACAAAUUGUGUAUGGUCACUGAAUAUGCAGCAUUUGGGAGUUUACAAGACUUGAUCGUAAAAAGACAACCAGAAGAAAUUGAUAUGAAAAUGCGUGUUAAAAUGCUACUCGACGCAGCAAAUGGAAUUUCUUAUUUGCAUGAGAAUGGGAUAUUACACAGAGAUGUUAAACCAGACAACAUUCUUGUUGUCUCACUUGAUAACAACAGCAAAGUCAACGCUAAAUUGACUGAUUUUGGAAGUGCAAGGAACGUUAAUAUGAUGAUGACAAACAUGACAUUCACAAAGGGUAUCGGAACACCAAAGUAUAUGGCGCCUGAAAAUCAAUUUAAGUAUGCAUGGGAUAUUGUCGAUUUUGUUGUCAAUGGUAAAAGACUAGUUAAACCAUCAGACAUGAAUAACGACCUUUAUAUGGUUGUUACUAAAAUGUGGUGUUCUGAUCCUCAACAACGAUUGAACGUUCAAACGGUUAUAGAACAACUUGAAAAUAUAAUAACGACUUUAUGA